UUGUUAUUAUGAAUGGCGUUUUUUUCACACGUGAAAUCCCGUGGUCAUCAGCAUAAGCAUAAAACCAUCGCUAACGAUUAAAAGAGUCAACUUUGUGGCCAGUUUAUUGGAUUUUGGAUAGGAUAUAUUACUGCUUUAUACUGUAAGGAUACGUAGGAAAAUUUUUGGGCAGGAGAGGGGCAGGACCAGGCCAACAUGCAUAACUCAGAGGCCGUCCGGUCCAGUAUGGUCCACAACCCUACUUGGGCUAGACCUGUUCCAACGAGAGAGCCACAUCCACCUUUUGCUGUAGAUAGACCAAGACCACAUUCAGCUCCCAUGAAGAGACCUACAGUAGCUGGCAAGCCUAACUGGCGGGACGCCCGAUCUAACGAUUUCACCAAGCAACAACGAAAGUUCAAUCUCUCCUUACGACACACCAGCAACGAUAGUCACAUGAGUAGAAUAGCUCCUUAUGCAGCUCGAAGACUGGAUACACUGAGUGCUGAUGCAAGGAUGCGAGCUGCUAUCUACCCCCGUGUAGAGAACGGCCGUAAAGUAGCGCUGCCCGAAUACAACUCAUUUAGUGAUCCCCACCUCACGGAAUACUAUGCAAGAAAGUUUGGAGUCCAGCUACCUAAGCCUCCUUCAGGAAUGAGAAAAAGACCACAGAGUGCAAGCAGUCGUCUUGGCAACGGGAGGCCCAAAGGAUCGGGACCAGAAGUGACCUAUCAAGUCAAAGUUCAGACAGGUGAUAAGAAAAACUGUGGCACCACAGCAAAUGUCAGCAUACAGCUCAAAGGAAGCAAGGGUAAAACACCAAAGAGAAAAUUAACCAACACGCCAAAGAACAAGCAAUCCAAGACAAACUCCGGCCUACCAUCCGUCAAAUUUAGCCGCAACUCCACCAAAACUUUCAAGCUGAAGGGCCAGGAUUUAGGAGAAUUGAAAUCACUGACGAUUGAGCAUGAUGGUCUAGAGAAGAAACAAGGUUGGUUCCUGGAGUCUAUUGAAGUCACGCAGCUAACGAGUAAAAAGACCUGGAUCUUUCCGUGUAGUCAGUGGCUUUCGUUGUUUGAGAGCGAUUGUCAACUGAGCAGAGAAUUAAAGGCAUUGGAUGCCAAGAAAUAUGGCAAGACUGUUUAUGAGGUUGUCACAGUAACUGGAGACCGGAAAGGGGCGGGGACUGACUCCAAUGUGUACAUUACGCUGUUUGGCAUACGUGGAACCAGCAAGAAGAUGCAGCUACCUACGAAACCUGGGUCCAAUCCGUUUGAACGAGGAACCAGCGAUAUCUUCCAAUUGAAAUGCAACAAUGUUGGCCCGCUCAAGAGAAUAAGAAUUGAGCAUGACAACACUGGGUUUGGUCCUGGCUGGUUCCUAGAGCGUGUGGUGGUGACCGACACCAACAACCCUAAGAGAGGCAAGUUCUACUUCCCGUGCAACCAGUGGCUUGCGAAGGAUGAAGCGGAUGGGAAGAUCUGCAGGGACCUCAUUGGAAGCAGGGAUCCUCUAGCUGUCAGAAAAACUCACAAGUACAAGGUCCAUGUAUUCACUGCCAACAAGCGUAACGCUGGCACAGAUGCUAAUGUGUUCAUCACUGUCUUCGGUGAAGGAGGGGAUUCCGGGGAGCAUAAGCUGGACAACUCCAAGAAUAACUUUGAAAGGGGAAGGGAGGAUGAGUUUGUGAUAGACUCCAUAGCUCUAGGACCAUUACAGAAGGUCAGAAUAGGCCAUGACAACACUGGACCUGGUCCUGCCUGGUUCCUGGAUAAGAUUAUCAUAGAUGACUUAGAGCUGAAUGCGACCUAUGAAUUCCCUUGUGGACGAUGGCUGGCAAGGGAUGAAGACGAUGGUCUUAUCACGAGGGAACUGUACGCCGGAGGUCAAGGGUCAAAAGGCAUUCCGUAUGAGAUUCGGGUGACCACCAGCGACAAGAGACAAGCCGGCACCGACGCCCGCGUCUACAUCGUCAUGUACGGCGGAAAGGACGGAGAGGAGACGAGCGGCAAGAUCUGGCUGGACGGGAACUUUGAUAGAGGGCGCACUGCGAUCUGUUCUGCGGAGAUCGGAUCAAUGUUGAGCCCCUUAUCAAGGAUCGAUGUCGGCCACGAUAACUCGGGUCCGGGGGCUGGAUGGCAUUUAGAUAGGGUCGUUAUAGACUGCCCGGCCGCUGGUAUCGAACAGACCUUCUUGUGCAAUCAAUGGCUGGCUGACGACGAAGGGGACGGGAGGAUAGAGAGAACCUUGCAAGAAACAAAGUCAAUGCGAAAAACCAAGGGAAAACGUGCUGUGUGGAACGUAACCGUGCGCACCAGCGACGUGUCCAACGCCGGAACGGAUGCCAAGGUCUCCAUCUGUCUCUAUGGCGAUAAGGGCAAGUCUGAUGAGGUGGAGUUGGAGAGCCAGAGCGAUACCUUUGAGAGGGGCGAGAGCGACACCUUCAAGAUGGAGCUUGCACCCGUCGGGAAACCGUAUAAGCUUCGGGUGUGGCACGAUAACGGGGGCAGAGGACCUGGUUGGCAUUUGGAUAAGAUUGUGAUGGAGAACGUUGCCACAGGGAAGACGUACACAUUCCCAUGCCAACGGUGGUUAGCUAAGGAUGAGGAUGACGGUGAGAUUAUCAGAGAGUUACCGGCAACAGCAGACAAUAUCAAGAGGCCGUUACCAGUUGUGAAAUACCAAGUCAGCGUCCACACGGGUGAUAAGUUUGGAGCUGGUACUGAUGCAAACGUCUUUUGUAUGCUGUUUGGCGAACUGGGAGACACGGGCGAAAGGCCCCUCGCGAAGUCUUCGACCAAUCGCAAUAAAUUUGAGCGCCGAGCUGCGGUGGACGUGUUUACAGUAGAAGCGGUGACGUUGAGGCAGCUGAAGCGGAUCAGGAUCGGUCAUGACGGGACCGGGGCCGGAGCGGGUUGGUUCCUUGAUAAGGUCGUGGUCAUGGAAGAAGGCAAGAGUAAAUCUCAGGUGGUCUUUCCAUGUCAAAGAUGGCUUGAUAGAGAUGAAGAUGAUGGCCUGAUCGUCCGGGAGCUUGUUCCUGAGGGAACCUCGCAACUAUUAAGCACUACCUCCUACCAUGUAUCUGUCAAGACCGGUGACGAGCGUGCUGCUGGCACCGAUGCCAACGUCUAUGUGAAGCUCUUCGGUGAAGAUGGCGACACCGGUCUGAUCCCGCUCAAGCAAUCGGAAAAUACCAAGAAUAAGUUUGAGAGAGGCAGAGUGGACAAGUUCACACUAGAAGGGAUGGAUAUUGGAAAGAUUGACUACAUGCGGAUUGGACACGACGGGUCUGGACCAGGAGCCGGUUGGUUCUUGGACCACGUUGAGAUCGACAUACCGUCCCGCGGUGAGAACUACAUGUUUGCCGCCCAUCGUUGGCUGGCCGAGGAUGAGGAGGACGGCGAACUGGAGAUCGAACUCCAACCAUCCAACUUCAAGAAGACUAAGCCUCGCAUCCCUUAUGAGAUCACCGUCAUAACGGGGGACAAGUCGGGGGCUGGCACCGAUGCCAACGUCUUUCUGAGGAUGUACGGUGACGACGGCGCCAAGACGGAGGAGUUCUCCCUCAGAAACAGGACUGAUAACUUUGAGAAGAACAUGACAGAUAAGUUCAAGAUUGAAGCUGAAGAUGUUGGGCCACUUUCAAAGAUUCGAAUCGGCCAUGACGGAGCUGGACGGUUUGCUGGAUGGUUCCUCGAUAGGGUAAUCAUUGAAAGGUUCCCGCCCAAAAAGAAGAAGAAAAAGCACUCGAAAUCCAAACCCAAGUCUAAAUCAAAACGGAGAGAGCGCUGGAGCGAUGAAGAGGAAGACAACGAUAGCUACGACAAGGACGACAAAAGUUCGGUUUCUGAUGGAUCGAACGAUCCACCGGAAACGGACAAGUGCAUCUUUCUUUGUAAUCGUUGGUUGGCAAGGAGUGAGGAUGAUGGUCAGAUUGUUAGGGAGUUGGUACCGACAGAUGAACACGGCAAGUUGCUUAGGAGAAACUCACUUUCAUUGAGUACGUACAAAGUACACAUCUACACUGGUGAUAUAUUCCAGGCCGGUACCGAUGCUAACGUCUUUAUUAAUGUAUACGGUGAAAAGGGAGAUACGGGUGAGAGGAGUAUGAAGGACUCAGAGACUAAUAUGAACAAAUUUGAACGUGGUCAGGAGGAUGUCUUCUCAAUUGAAGCCGCCGAUCUGGGAGCUUUGAAGAAGAUGAAGAUUCGACAUGACAACGCUAACGUUGGCUCUGAUUGGUUCCUUGAUAGAGUGGAAGUAGAAGAUCCCAAGAAAAAUACAAGAUACUACUUUCCCUGUCAGCGAUGGCUAGCUACAAACCGUGAUGACGGCCAAAUCGCUCGUGAGUUGAUCCCGGUUGAUAAAGACGUGAUCAACAGAGCUCUACAGAGGAAGAAAUCAUCAACAUCGAUCAGAGAAGAUAUCGGUCUGGAACUCAAAUCCACAAUGCAAACCUUCAACAUCUCAGUGACGACAUGCGACGAGCGCGGCGCAGGAACGGACGCCAACGUCUAUAUCAUCCUCUACGGGGAGAAUGGCGAUACAGGCAAAAACUUCCUGAAAUCGUCCAAGACCUACCGUGACAAGUUUGAGAGGGGACAUACGGAUGAGUUUGUCGUUGAGGCAGUGGAUAUUGGGGAACUGGAGAAGAUAAGAAUUGGUCAUGAUAACAAGGGAGGCUUCGCUGGCUGGAAACUAGAGAAGGUAGAAAUAGAUGCGCCCUCGCUUGGUAAGCGUUGGUGUUUCCCUUGCGGUCGUUGGCUUGACAAGUCAUCGGACGAUGGCCAGAUAGAGAGAGAGCUCUUACCGGUUGAAUCAAGGAUGGAGGAAUAUGAAAAACAUGUCCCCUACGAGGUAACCGUCUUCACCAGUGAUGUGAGUGGAGCCGGGACAGACGCUGAUGUUUUCAUUGUCCUUUAUGGACGAGAGGUUGUUACAACUCAGAAGAGUCUCUGUGAUAAUAAGAAGAAACGGAAGGAGUGCUUUGAGAGGAAUAGUGAAGACAUGUUUGUUGUGGAGCUUGAAGAUGUUGGCGAUACCAUUGAGAAACUGAGGAUUGGGCAUGACAAUGCUGGUUUCGGGGCUGCUUGGCAUCUAAACAAAGUAGAAAUCAGGAAGCUCCUUGAUGGCAAAAGGGGUUCUAGGACCUACGUCUUCCCGUGCAACCGAUGGUUCUCCAGGAAGGAAGAUGACGGGGAGAUCAUCAGGGAACUGGUCCCGGACCAGGUCACGGAGGAGAAGACCAAGAAAGAUGGAACAACCAAGACCAAAGAGAUCAAACAAAAUACACUCACAAAGCGUCAGUACAGAUUGCUUGUGUAUACGGGGGAUACGUUCCGUGCCGGUACCGACGCAAACGUUUUCAUAACGGUCUUUGGUGAGAACGGGGAUAGCGGAGAGAGACAACUCAGAAACUCAGAGAGUUACAGCGACAAGUUUGAAAGAGGACAUUGUGAUAAGUUCACCAUCGAAGCUGUCGACCUCGGCAAGCCCUUCAAGGUCAAGAUUCGUCAUGACAACUCGGGGUUCAACGCAGCCUGGUUCUUGGAUAGGGUGGAGGUGAUCGAUGAUGAUAACGAGACGUACCAAUUCCACUGCGAGAGAUGGCUCAGCAAGAAGAAGGAUGAUGGGAAAUUGGAGAGGUCAUUGUAUGUCAAGGGAUAUGAUGGGGACAUGUCCAGUACCAGUACCCUAAACACCCUUCACAGAAGUAAAUCAUCAAGUUCAUUGAAAUCAAACUCCUCUGACAGCCCUCGACAGCUCACCAGGAAGAAAUCAAUGCUGGAAAUGCCCGAAUUCGAUGGACCUACUAUCCCAUACACCAUCAAACUAACAACAGGGUCUGAGGAUGACAUGGGUACAGAAGCUAACAUCUUUGUUACCAUCAUUGGUUCUAAGAAGAAGAAGACGACCGGUAAGGUCCCACUUCAGUUGGUUGGUAAGAAAUCACUGGAGCCAUCAUCCAUAGAGACGUUCUCAUUAGAAGCCCCUGACGUUGGAGAGGUCCACAAAGUUGAGAUUGGCCACGAUGGCGUCACCCCUCAGGAAGGCUGGUUCCUCGAGCAGAUGGAGAUAGACACGCCCACCCUCGGCAAGCACUACCUGCUGCCAUGCCGACGGUGGUUGUCACGUGACAAAGAUGAUGGCCAGACCUCCCGUAUGCUGAUCGUUGAAGACGGUCAGAAGGUUGAAUAUAAACCAAAAAUCACGUAUGAGCUGGUGGUUUUCACGGGAGACGUUCAGAACGCUGGUACCGAUGCCCAGGUUUCACUGACAGUGUUUGGAACAAACGGCUCUAGCAAUGAGAUUGUCCUUGAUAAGAACGGGGAUAGAUUCGAGAGAGGCAGAGAAGACUUGAUCAAGCUUGAACUGGAGGAUAUUGCCCCACUAAAGAAAGUCAGGAUAGGACACAAUGGCAAGGGAAGCAGAACUGAUUGGUAUUUGAAUAAGGUGACUUUGAGGAACAUGGAGACCGGUGACCUGACGACCUUCAAAUGUGAAGGCUGGCUUUCAAAGACGAUGGGAGAUAAGAAAACGGUGAAAGAGCUUGCUGCUAUUGUCAAAGGAAAGGCACAGGUCAAAAACUCAAACUACAAGGUCAUCGUGAAGACGUCGGACAAGCGGGGCGGGGGAACUGAUGCCAACGUAUCAAUGGUCCUCUUUGGUCAGAACGGGGCGUCGGACGAACUGAAGCUGAAGGAAUCUCAGACGCACCGGGACAAGUUUGAACGCAAUCAAGAGGAUAUAUUUGUCUUCUCCAUGUUGAGUCUUGGAGAUUUGAUUAAGCUUAGGAUAUGGCAUGAUAAUGCAGGUCUGAAGGCAGGCUGGCAUUUGGAUCAUGUGAAGGUCUUUGACGAGACAGCUGGGAAGGACUACUCCUUCCCAUGCUCAAGAUGGCUGGCGAGGGACGAAGAAGAUGGACAAAUUAUGAGAGAACUUCUCUGCUCCAAUGCACUCACUCCUAGGGAUGACAAGGAGAAAGUCACAUAUGACAUCACUGUUACGACGACCGACAAACGGGAUGCCAGUACCACUCAGAAUGCUUACAUCAUACUAGAAGGGGAUAGACGUACCUCUCGAGAAUUCCUGAUGGAGAACUCGCCGAAGAGAAAGAUUUUGAGAAGAGGAGAGACGGACAAUUUCAAGUUCACUACGAGGACUGUGGGUAAAAUAGACAGUAUCGUCCUGGGUCACAAGGAGAGAGGUGAUGGGUCGCGACCUCAAGGUCAAGGUCGCGAUGUUGAUUGGCAUUGUCAUGAGGUCGUCAUCACAGACAGCAGCGACGGUUCAAAAUACGUCUUUCCGUGCAAGAACUGGGUCACAUUAAGCAAUCGUAAAGAUGAAGCAAGGAGAUUGCAAUGUAAGAAGAUGGAGGAAGGCAUGGUAGCGGCAAUAAGAAAUCUUGCGCCGGUGCAAUACGAAGUGAUCGUUGUUACGUCAGACGAGAAGGGGGCUGGGACGGACGCUAACGUCACUCUCACCAUAUAUGGCAAGAAUGGCGACUCCGGAAAACAACCACUCAAACAACGAUUCAGAGAUCUCUUUGAGAAAGGUCAAACAGACAAAUUCAAACUAGAAGUCCUUGAUCUUGGGGAACUAGAGAAGAUUCGGAUCGAGCACGACAACGCGGGCUUCAAUGCCGGCUGGCUCUGCGAUCACGUUGAGAUCAUCAACUUGGCAUCGGGCUUGAGGACCAUGUUCCCAUGUCACAAGUGGCUGGACAAGAAGAAGGGAGACGGAGAGCUCUUCAAAGAGUUAUUCCCUGCAAAAGAAUAGGAUUAAAAUGUGAGCGUGAACGCAGACAUUCUUAUCCAGUGGUAGUGUUCACACUGUCUUUGCUUAGUCAUUUUGGUCCUUAUUAAAGUAUAGAGGUCCCCUAUUUUGAAGGGAGAUACAUAUAUUCAUGAAGACAGAGAGUAAGAGGGAUGUUGUUACCACCAAGUGUGUACUAGUGAACUGAGCUGUGCAAAUUUGGACAAAAUUCACCCCUUUUCUUUAACUGUUACCCUAUAAAAAAAACGGCUUUAAAACAAUACGAGAAAAGAGCAACAAUUUGCCAAUUUGUUCAUUGUCUUACAGUUUGAUGGUGUACUUUUUAAGAUGCCCAGGAUCAGAAAAAUAGUUGGGGAUUAAAAAAAAAAUUGCCAAAGAAUGACAUGAAUUUAUAGUGUGAAAGUACCCAAAUGACUUGAAUGAGAGUUCUCUCAUUAUUAUUAUUAUUAUUAUUAUUCAAAAUGUCUUACCUCGGCCUGACAACGGUGGAUCAAUAUUUCAAAGAACAACGUUCUAGUGCAAUGUUAUUUUAUCUGUAUAUUCACAUACAGAUAAAAAGUAGACGAUGGCAGUUUAUGUGAAGAGUGUGAAUAGACCAAUAAGUUUUCCAUGGAAGUGUUUGUACUAAUCUUACACAAUUUAUAUAUCCACAUGUGGGAAUGUAAGAUUUCCCAUUUUCUAAUGCCAACAAGUACAAAUAAAUUUUGAGGUAUUAUUCUGUGUAGUACUAUACACAAUAAAUAAUAUCUGGAGAAGUACAAUCCUUUGGAAUUAGUAAUUAUUGGUACUUGUGUUGUCUUUUCUAUAUUUUGGAUACCUUAAAUGAAUGAUUUUCAAAUCAUAUGAGAAGUGCUUUUUUUCUAAAUUAUUUCUGCCUUAUUUUUAAUAUUACAUAUCAUGAAAAUGAAGACAUUUCCCUAAUUUACUUUCAAUACUUUUUAUGCCAAAAGAUUCUUCAUAAAACCGGUAUUCAAAAUGUGAUGUUGUAUUCUUAUGCAUUAUGUUGUGAUGCACAAAUAAUUAUUUGCUGAAUUGCUGCAUUUUUUUUUUUAAUUUGAUUUUCUAGUCAGUAGUGGCUG